CUGGCGGCCCCGCAGCUGCGGCCCUGUAACUUUAAACCUGGCCUGAGAUCAUCGUUUUGGCGCUGGCCAAACAGAGCCCGAGGGCGGGCCUAGCGCGCCGGGACUGAGACCACCUUGCGGCCGACCCCUCUGCCCCCGCCUCCUCGCGAGAGAUAAAUGCUGACUCCGCUUGGAAAGUUCUCUACAGCAAAGUUUGCCGUCCGGCUGUCUGGGGCCGGGGAAGCUCGGGCACCCUCCUGCGCCAGGGCUGCCGCUCCCACCCCUCCACCCCCACCGUCGCGCUCCUCCAGGCUGGGCCUGUGGCCGCGAAGCUUUUGAAUCCCCCAUCGCAGAAACUCGCUGCUCGGCCCCCAGGAGAGCAACUCGUCGGGAACGAUGUGGAAGGUGUCAGCUCUACUCUUCGUUUUGGGGAGCGCGUCGCUCUGGGUCCUGGCAGAAGGAGCCAGCACGGGCCAGCCAGAAGAUGACAUCGAGACUCCAGGUACAGAAGGCAGCAUUGUGAUGCCAGGUGCCGAAGAUGAUGUGCUGACCCCAGGAGCUGGUGAAGACCUCUCUACGGCUGGCUUGACAACUCUGGUGGCAACGAGUGUCAAGAGUGUGACCGACAUUGGCCCCGAGGAUCUGCCAACUCCAGAAAGCACAGCGCACCCCGAAGAAGGAAGUCCGAGCACCACAACCUCAAACAUGGCAACCAGUCACUCCAGGGAGAAAGUGGAUGGAGAGACACAGAUAACAGUUGACAAAGAUGGUUUGGCAACAGUGACCCUGGUUGGAAUUAUAGUUGGAGUCUUACUAGCCAUUGGCUUCAUUGGUGGAAUCAUCGUGGUGGUUAUGCGAAAAAUGUCGGGAAGGUAUUCGCCCUAAAGAGCUAAAGGGUUAUGCCCUGCUGCCAACACACUGAAAAAAGACCUUUCUGUUCCUCUGCGCCCUGUCCCUGAGCUUGUGGGAGAAGAUGAUCCGUGGAACACUUGCCCACCCCAUUCAGAAUCCGUGGUGAUCUCUCUGCUUGCCAAAGUAACUGAAGGAAAGGCGGUUCACCAGGCCUGGCUCCUCUAAAUAUUUGCCUUUCAAACAUGUUUUCGAAUCUACAUUCUAUAAAAGAUGAUUCGAAAGACAAGAUUCAUAGAAAAUGGAGCAAAACUGUAUAAACUGCUUUGUAAAAAGACUGGACCAUUGGAUCGAUGUGUCUCCGUCUGACCGUUCUCUGUUAUUGUUCAAAUGCAAAAGGAUCUGGAAAUAUUUAUAACCACGGAGUCCUUGGAUCCAGUACCAUGUCAGUAAAUAGCACCAGCCUUUUGCAAUUGCUGAUCUGUUGAAAUGUAUACAUUCCGGUUUAGUUUGGUCUGUCUUUUAAAGCCUGAUAUGUAUACCACAUAAUCAAGUAGAAAAUCUCAACUUGGAUAACGCGCGAUAAGCGACUGUCUUUAGCUGGUCCAGAUUAAUCAUUUCAAAGACAUCGUCUUAGAACGCAAGCAGGAAGUCUGUAGUCUCGAAGGCACUUGUUUCUCCCAAGUAGGCCACAGGCAGCCUCUAGACUUAGCUUUACCCAAAUCCUUCUCCAGCCAUGACUUGGUGACUCCCAGACUUGCCCCCUCCACUUCCCUCAGAUGAUGGGGAGCUGGGGUGAAGCGGGCAGCCUUCCUUCCUCCCAGUGAUGCAUAUCCUUCGGAUUGGCUGCUUCGUUCCAGGAUGUGGAUAUCUCAGCCUGGACACUGAGGAAGCUGCUGGAUGUUUAAUGGUGCUAGAGGCUCAAGCGUUUUCGAAACCAAGAGCCCCCGUGCAGAACAAAAUCCUAUGUGAGCCUCUGGUAUGAGAAAUAAAACCUGCCACAUUACAUUCGCUUUCUGCCUCAGAGGAAAGAUACAGGGAACAAAAAUCAUUUUCUACAAUCUUAAUUUUAAAAGCAGCUGGACGUAAAUAUCUGAUUUUAAAAAUAGAAGGUAUCUCUAGUCUUCAUGACACACCGCAAAUACCUGUGGGAUCCUAUUGAAAAGAACAAAAUAAAGGAUCUCAAGGGAUCGUUCUGUCUCCACGCCAUCCAGCCUGGCACUUCUCUUCCCAUAUAGCCAUUGGAUUUUUUUUUUUUUCUAAACAAAGUUUUUUUUUUUUUUGAGACGGAGUUUCGCUCUUGUUACCCAGGCUGGAGUGCAAUGGCACGAUCUCGGCUCACCGCAACCUCCGCCCCCUGGGUUCAGGCAAUUCUCCUGCCUCAGCCUCCUGAGUAGCUGGGAUUACAGGCACGCACCACCAUGCCCAGCUAAUUUUUUGUAUUUUUAGUAGAGACGGGGUUUCACCAUGUUGACCAGGAUGGUCUCGAUCUGUUGACCUCGUGAUCCACCCGCCUUGGCCUCCCAAAGUGCUGGGAUUACAGGCGUGAGCCACCGUGCCCGGCCUAAACAAAGUUUUUAUAUUGAGCAGAUGCUCUGUCAUGAUUUCAAUUGUGCAAUUCUGAUAUCCUGUAAACUUGUAAGCAUUCAUAAAACAGGAAAAAGUAAACUAUCAGUCGGAAGCACAGCCCAUUCCUCCUAUUUUUCGCAAUAACGUGUGGAUGUUAUUUUAAACAGUGUGUCUGUGUGUUCCCAAAUGCAGCUGGUCCCACUGGCUCCGAUUCCGUAUUUGAACAUCAGCUGAUUGAGAGAAGGGGAAUGAGAAGAGCUGGAUGAGUUUAAAUAACUUUGUUUUAUUGUUCAGAUUCCUGAACAGGAGAUGGGAUAAGGCCCAUCUCCUUGCCCAUCCUUUCUUCCCCCCUCACUGUGAAAAAUAACAGUUCACCCCCAAGUCAUACACUGGACCCAGGGUCUGCGGGGACAGGACUGUGGGUUUUUUGGUCACACCUGUGUUGGUGCUCAAUGCAGUGUGGACCUGUUUUCAAAUAAAACACAAUUGUGUACAACAA